GUUCACAUCAGUGGCAGUUUUAAAUAAACUGAAAGUUAGAAAUGUUAUGUACAUUUUCAUAAUGACAUAUACACAAUCAUAGUCUUACCAGCCGCCAUCAUACUGGGACAUCAAAAUGACUGACGAUAAGAAGACGUAUUACCACCACACAACUAAGGACGGAGCCGCAAAAAUAUUACAGUCAGGGUACAUCAAGCAAUCAACUGAUACGAAAACAGAUGCUAAGCAUGGUCCCGGUACUUACCUUACCAGAAUGGGCCCAGACAAGUCCCAGAAAGAUAUAGCAAAGAAUAACUACGACGGACUCAACAAUCGAUUCGCAGAUAAAAUGCUGAGGGAUGGUAAAACAGACGUUACCAUAGCCAUUGAUCUGCCCAGCACUAAGGUUACCAGGUCAAAGUCACCUCGCGACAUUUAUGUGUCGCCGGGAGAUGUUACCAUAAAGGACAAAAAUCCAAGGGUUUAUGUGAGGGAUAAGGAUGGAAAGGCUCUGGAGUUCAAACCCAAGUAGAAAAUGAAACCAUCGAGUACUGCAAUUCAUCAUCAAUUGGAUUACAGGUUGUAUUUUUUUCUCAACCAGAAGAACUUACCGUCUAAAAAAUAUCUAAGAAAAUUUAUCAGCUGGUAUCAUCUUUAAAUAUGAAUUCAAUAAUAGAAAAAAUUCUUCUGAUAGAUAUUGCAAAUUUCAAUGGAUUAUGUACAUUUGCUCUCUCUUAUUUACGCUGUAAUGACAUGAUUAGUUAUAUCUUUGGUUGAAUAAUAGCCCGAAAAACCUUUGUUAUUAUUUUAUUGUCCAGACAAUUGAAUCUUCACAAUCAGUUUCUUUAAACGACAAUAAAACUAAUUUCGUAUUUGGA